AACGUUUUCGAAUGGAUUUCCCGGAGCGGGUUGAUUGUGUCAUUGACGGUACAGGCUUAAGUGAAUCUCUGAUUUCUGCAAGUUUAUCAAUAUUGGGGAAACAAAUUCUUCAUAUCGAUAGAAAUGGUUAUUAUGGUGGAGUCCUUGCAUCUUUACGAUUCCCUGAAUUCGAAAAACUUCUCAGUCAAAUUGAACCUGACUGCCCCAAAAGUCUUCCAAUCAUUAAAGAUAAUUGUUUAGAUCUCAGUGAGAUUGAGUCUCCUUUGGUCACUCACAGGUCAUCAGAAUGGUUUCUAGGCUGUGACGACAGUUUCGAUACCUAUGAUGAUAAUGAUGCUGAAAAUUACAGUAGUGUGAGCAGAAAAGUUAUUAAUGAUUCACCAAGCACAAUGGCAUUGCCUAGUGAUAUCACUGUUCAACACGAUCAUAUUAGCACUGAGAUUUCUAGUGUGGUUCGCGAGCUUGGAGAAGAACAAGAGAAAUCUAAUGGGGAUGGACAUGAAAAUGUUACAGUAACUGAGCAAAAAUCUGAUGACGCUGAUAAGAUUGUUCAGAGCCAAAAAUUAUGGUCUCGGUCUAAACUACGAAACGCUGUGCGCCUACAUGAUAUAGACAUAGUACCAAAGAUAAUUUAUUCACACAGUCCUGUAGUAACUGCACUUCAACGUGCUGAUGUAACAAGAUAUUUAGAAUUUCGUUUUGUAUCACGCCUGUUAGCUUAUAUUGGUAAUAAUCAGUGCACACAGCAGUCUGGAACAGUCUCAAACAAUGCUGAUAAUCAAUCUUCCUCAACAAAUUUUACGGGUCAUGUAGUCAAAAUUCCUGUUUGUCGUUCUGACGUGUUUAAAACACGUUUAUUAAGUUUACAUCAAAAAAGAUCGUUAGGUGCAUUUUUCGAAUGGUGUUUUCAUUUAAUCAUUAAUGAUACUCAACGCAGUACAACACAUUCUAAAAAAGAUGAAGAAUAUUGUGCAUACGAAGAUCGACCUUUUCAAGACUUAUUAACUGAAAAACGUAAACUUGAUAAAUUUACCCAACAGUUAUUAAUAACUAAUCUAUCAUUCAGUAAUCAACAGAUUAAAACUAAAGAGGCCAUUUUCAGAAUUCGACGAUUGUUAUUCUCUAUGGGUCGAUUUGGACCAUAUCCAAUUUUGUGGCCAAUGUAUGGUAGUGGAGAUUUAACUCAAGGAUACUGUCGAAUGUCAGCUGUUUUCGGUACGACAUUUUGCCUUGGUUGUAAAGUAGAAAAAAUCGAAUAUAUAAAUUCAGAGGUAGAUGCAGUAACUCAGUCCGUUGAGAAUAUGACCACCAAUAUGAAAGAUGGACAGAUAAUGACAGGAGCUGACUCUUCAUCAUCGUCGUCAAUGCCAAAGAAUAAUACUGAUGAUGAAUUCAUUGUUCAUUUAUCUAAUGGUAAAAAAAUAAAAACAAAAUGUGUUAUUUUAUGUCCAGAAUGUUUACCAUAUUCUUGGAUUAGUGAUUUUAUUAAUCAUUGGUGUGCCCGAGCUGUACUGAUUACAGACUCUUCUCUUUUACCCGAUGACUGUAAAUCGAGUGAUAUUUCAAUACUUGCAUAUUCAUUUAAUGCAAACAAUCAACAAAAUGAUUUAUGCCUUGAUCCUGUUAUCAUAAUUGAAUGUCAAGUUGAAAAAAAUAAAUUCUGUAAAGAUAAUUUAUUUGUCGUACAUCUAUGUGCAAUCAUUAAACAACCGAAUGAUCCAAAGAAAAUUUUCCAACCUCUUUUAAAUUGUUUAUUUACACAAUAUGAUGAUAAUACCGUACAUCCUUCAUCAGUCAGUCAAGGUCAUUGUAAACGACCUAGAAUGCUAUGGGCUGGUUAUUUUUGUGUACCGGACUUAUCAUCUAUUCCAAAUAAUUUCUCUACACUUGGAAAAUCUGAAACAAUAAUGAAUUCUAAUAUUUUUAUCACUGCUGGACCAGAUGCUACUCCAGACUUGGAUUCAAUUAUACCUAAUGCAGAAGAGAUAUUCCGUAAAAUAAUUUCUAUUCUAGGCUUGCCAAACAAUUCACAAAACUUAGCAUCAACAACGAGUGGAACAAACAAUGAUGAUAGUACAUCUCAGACUAGUAGAUCAUCUAUGUAUACUACAAUUGAUGCGGUUUGGGAUGGUCAAUUUCCACCUAAAGCACCUCGACCAGAAGAUAUUAUUGUGGUAGAUGAAUCGGUGAAUCCACCACCAGUAGUGACAAUAGAAGUUCCUCAAGAAGAUCAGAAUUGUAGGUGACAUUGAUUCUGUUAGUAUUAUUGUCAAUUAUUAUUCUAUAAACUGUUUAGAAAUAUCUAAACGAUAAUAUUUAUGUUGAGUGAUGGCUUAAUCGUUAAAGUGUCCAACUUUCACUAAUUCCCAACUUUGAACCCUGUCCCAUCUACUUGGGCUUAAGCAACCGCAUACUAUAAUUAGCCUUAACACUUGAAAUAUGGCUUACAUUCAAGUAUCUGGUAAGUGAGUUAAUAGAAAAUUAGUGUAUAUUUAUAUACUACUGUAUUGUUGAUGGUUAAGUGGAUUUUCUUCAUGUAUAUUAUGACUGUGUACAGCUAGGUGAGGUGAUAUCUUCUUUUCGCAACACCAGAGUACAACAAUUAAGUGAUAUUGAAAUUUGUGUCAUUAUCCAUUUAGUUUUAUCAGAGAUAUAUUUUGUAACGCAACUAUUUAUUCUUAUAAAUCCUUAUGAAAUAAUCUACCUGGAGAUCUUUUGAUUCACUCUGGACGCAUAGGUGACAUAGUUUGUGUUAGGCAACUACAUCGAAAUUCCAAGUUUUGUUGGGAUGUUUAUAGUGGAUAUUUGACCACUUUAAUAAAGAGUUAACUUUUUAAAAUCAAUAUCUAUUAGUACAUAUUGCGAUAUAAAAAAAACUGAGGUUUUUCAGUGUAUCAGCUAUUUUAACAUAAUUUAGCAAUUUCAUCCGCCCAUGAAGUGAUCAUUUGACUUGAGCCCUAAGUUGUUCAAUGACUGAUUAACUGGCUAUCCUAUCUAUAUAUAUUCUCACUUACAGCAUCUGUCUUGUCAUUUAUUAUUUGUUUUUCAGCCAGAAAAAAUCUGUGUUUCCGUUGUACCUUCAAAAAGAACAGAUUGUUGAAUUAUAUUGUAGCAAGUAUGAUCGGGCCUUUACUAAAGGAGCAGUAGUAUUCUCUAGUCUGAUUAUUGAUUAGUUCGCUCUACGCCUGUAUAGCCGGCGACCUUUGAUUUUACCAAUGACCAAUGAACAACGGAUGAAACCUUAACACCUAUUGGCCCUCGAGCUACGUCUAACCCCGUUUUUAUUCGAAAGACAAGAUUAGCAAUUAGAUAAGAUCCGUGUUGUGUAGCUGUCCAGUUAUAUGACUCAGUUCGUGCAGUAAUAUAGAGUUACAUCCUGACCUGACCACCGACCAACAUAAAUAGGGAAUUACAGUGCGCUCAUAAGCAGUAGGUCCGUAAUCAGUGGAUAGUAACUUUAAAAAUAUCAAACAUAUAUUGAUAGUCUAUAUGCGGAAAAAAGAUUACAAUAAAGAUAACAUAAGGAUACAAUAAUCCAAAUGUCUAACAAUUGUACAAUAAAAACCGAAGGUCCUAUGUUCGAUUCCCGCGUGUACGGUCGUGAAUGAGUAUUUCUGAGGGUUCCUGUAUUAGGACAAAAGCCCUGCGCAUUUCUUUCAGGUUUUUAACAGUAAUGUAGCUAAGAUCAUUUCAUGAUUCCAACUGUAAAAAUACUGCAAAUUUUUCAUACUAAAAAUAUAAAGGAUAAUUUUUCACAAGGUAAUUCCUCAAGUUACAAGUUUCCUGAUAUUCAUCCGUUUUAAUAGCUUCCUAUGAUGUGCAUUCAAUAGAACAUUGACUCUUAAACCAAUGUACAUAAUGUGUGUUGAUAAACAGUAUGGUACUUAAUAUACAUGUUAAAUAUAAAUCAAACUUAUGUAAUAAUGUAAUUUGAUCUCAGUACUUUUAAUUUAUCCAUAUGAAUUAAUAUAUCAUUUCGUAUUAUUUACUUCCCUUCAUUCAGAACUUAAUCCUCCCUUUUCUCGAUUGUUGAAAUUGAACCAAACAUCAGUUAAGGAAGGAGAGACAAGGAAAAUUCAUAUCAAUUUAAUGGAAAAAAUCUAAAAAUUUUCCUUCAUAACUUUGACAAAUAAGCGAAUAACGGCAUUAAUGAUAAUAAUUUCUGUCUGAGUUGAAUUACAUGAUUGAUACUUCAUUCUCUGUCUCUCCCUCUGUGUGUGUGUAUAAUGUCUUCGCUUUUCGCUUACUCUUUAACUUUCUUGUGUCUUCCUGUUGUCUAUGGGUUGUUGAUUUCUGGUUUCUUUUGAAAAAAAAACUUAUACACAUUUUCACUUCUGUGUUGAGAGAAGUGAAGAAUAUUAUCAAAGCAAUUGGAAGAUCACUUUUCAUUUUUUGUUUGUUUUUCUUUUCUUUCCUGUUUACAUCACAUCUUUUUUUGUAAGGCGGAGGGCGAACACUUUCUUAUUGUUAAUGAAAUGAAUGAUAUGAUCUAACUAAAUAGUUUAUUUUGUGUUUUUUUUUCUCGAAGAAAUAUUCUAUUUUUAAGGUUGAUAGUUGC